UCAAAAGAUCAUUUUCGCUUCCUAUCCCAGAACUCAAACCAUCCGCGUGCUGUGGAUCGCAAGCAACCCACGUGACUCCCCCUUGCCCACGACGCGACCGUUGCGAUUUUCCCGGAGCCCUAGUCGCGCAUUCGCGCGCCUUCUCGGAUCCCCCAUCCUCGAUCUCUCCAGUCCCAACACGAGAGCCGCGUGCUCUGUUGCGGAACCCGAUCUCGGAUUCAGCAAAUUGGGGCCGAGCUAGCUACCCUCCCGGGAAGAGCAUGAUCUUGGAGCAGUUCGACGAGGCGGCGGCGGCGGCGGCGAUGGUGGCGCCGCCUGCGAACUUCGGCAUGGUGGACAAGGGGGUGUACCGGUCGGGAUUCCCCGACGCCGUCAACUUCGGGUUCCUGCGUGGCCUCGGGCUCCGAUCUAUCGUGUAUCUCUGCCCGGAGCCAUACCCGGAGGCCAACUCCGAGUUCCUAGAGGUGGAGGGUAUUCACCUCUUCCAGUUCGGGAUUGAAGGAAACAAGGACCCAUACGUGUGCAUUCCUGUGGAUGCCAUCAUGGGGGCUCUUAGGGUCUUACUUGAUGUAAGGAACCACCCAGUUCUAAUCCACUGCAAAAGAGGGAAGCACCGUACUGGAUGUCUCGUGGGCUGCUUCAGGAAGCUGCAGAACUGGUGCCUUUCAUCAGUCUUUGAAGAGUAUCACCGCUACGCUGCCGGCAAGGCACGGUUGUCUGAUCUGAGGUUCAUAGAGUCAUUCAGUGUCGCCUGCAUGAGCGAUUGCAUGCUCAUGCUCAUCUACCUGUACCACGGUUGCCUCCAGAAAAGUAAGCGCCUCGCAUACAAGGAGAGAUAGCAACCGUAAUCGUGAGCCGCUUGACUACCUCCUGUCAUGUACCCUGAGUCCUGGCUGAGUUUGAUUGCAGAAGCUGCUGAAUGUAACAAAAGAAGUUGGUACUUGGGCAUCUGAUUCUUUUACAUGUCUUCAUGCCUUGAUGUGAAUAUUCAACUUUCAAUUCAUUGAGCAAUGAUCUUCCAAGUUGUUUACACCAGGUUACA